AUGUGGGAGAUAGGAAUUUGUGUAAAGGACAGAGUGCACUGGGGCAAGGGUGUGGAGCGGGCCUGGACAGAUCACCGGGUCUCAGAGCAGAAGCUGGAGGAGAGGGGAGCAUUGGUUCAAGAUGGCUUCAACCUGGGUGGAGGCAGCUGGGUCUUGGACUUUCCUACAUCCCCUCCUGCCCCCUACAACAUGGAGCAGGGGAGCUCCUCCUGGAUCGACUGGCUGACUGACGCGAACACUGCCCCUUCUUUGGUCUUGCAGGAAGAGCCGAAACCCGGAGACCUGAUUGAGAUUUCCCGAGGGUGCUACUGUCACUGGGCCAUCUACGUGGGCGGUGGCUAUGUAGUUCACCUGGCUCCCCUGAGCAAGUUCCCCUGGGCUUGUUCCACGAGCAUCAUGUCUGCCCAGUUGGAUAGAGCCGUGGUGAAGGGGGAACUGCUCCAUAAGGUCGCUGGAAGGGACAAGUAUCGGGUCAACAACAAACACGACGCUAUUUACCAGCCGCUGCCUGUCACCGAAAUCAUCCGGAAAGCCAAGGAGCUGAUGGGAAGAGAGGUCUGUUACGACCUCUUCAGUAAAAACUGUGAGCACUUUGUGAAUGAACUGAGAUAUGGGGUGGCCAGGAGUGACCAGGUCAGAUAUUUUGCCGUGAUGGGAGCACCAAUAGGAGUUGCCCUGUCAAUGACAGCCUUGAUUGGUGUGUUAGGGUCAAGAGCAGCCAUGUCCAAGGAGCAAAUGGAGUCCAUGGUGCGUUCGGUGGAGGCGCUGCCCGCCGAGGCGGAGCAGCUGAAAAAUCGCUGCAGGCAGCAGGACGAGGACAUCAGGCUGAUGAUGGAGGAUCUGAAGCGGGAGAAUCAGGAGCUGGUUCAGCGGUUCCAGCAGGCCGAGCGGGAGAUGGAGGAGAUGAAGAGAGUUCUGGGAGAGCUGAUGGACACUAAGAUGACCUUUGACGCCCGGGCAAGGCAGGUGCGCAAGCUCAGCAAGCAGCUGUGAGGGCUCUCCUCAUCCAGAGGGGCAGGAGGCCGAUUCGUGCUGUGUAAUUUGUGCUGCUUAAUUUGUGCUGGCACCUCUGGGGUUGGCGAUCCACCACAGCCCGGGGCCCUCUGGGGUUGGCCAUCCACCUGGGCCUGGGCCCUCCUGGGGUUGGCGAUCCAUCUGGAAGCUUCAGAAUUUCCUUCAUAAUAAAUAAAGCACUGCA